ACACUGCAGAGCGGGUGCUUGUGGCUCCGAGCCCGAAAUGACGAUUCUUACCGGAGAUUCCCGAAGACCGCCGACCUCAAAUUCUCCACGCACACGACAUUUACCGAAACUCAUCAGCUACUCCCGAUCUGGCCCCUAUUGAAGUCUGUUGUUGUCGGGUAGGGGGUGAUGAGGUGGACGAAAUUAGCGAAAUAAAAAAUAAAAAAGCAGAUUUCCACUCCUGAGCCCCUCCCAGUUUUGUGAUUUUUCGGAGUCGAGGAUUGACGAAGACCGACGACUCAAGAUGAAAGUUAUCAGCGCUGCAGUGCUUAGCGCCCUGCUCUGCACCGUCGUUUCAGCAUCUUUGAAAGUUAAAAAGGAAGACAAGACAGCCUUCUUUGGAGAGGACAUUCACAUCGACGUCCCGCCUGGGAACCUCGGUGAGGUUGUGUUCAAACCCAGGACCAACCGGUCGGCCGAGGUGGUUCUGCUGCGAGCAGGCGUGGUGGUGACCCCGCGGGGCCAUCUCAACUCUCUGGGCCACCUGGUGCUGGAGGACAUGCAGGAGGAGGACGAGGGGGAGUACAUCAUUAGGAACACCGACCACCCCAACGCAGUCAAGCACCUCAACCUCUUCGUCAGGGAUUGCUCUUUGGAGCAAGUGGUGAAGUACGGAGAAACUUACUACAUCCAUCUCAACCAGGUGGAAGGCCCCAUCACGCUGGAGUUCAGGCCCGGUCUGGUUCAGGCCAAUCACAGUGAGAUACAUGAUACAGUUGAGCCUCCACCUGUGGUGCUGUACAACCAGACGGCGGUGCUGGCAGACUAUGUGGACCGUCUCAGCGUGUCAGAGAAGCGAGUGACGCUGCACUCGGUCAGGAUGACGGACGAGGGGAGCUUCACAGUGCUGGACCGUGAGGGCAAAGUCAAGAGGAGGAACUGUCUGAAUGUCAGAGAACACCAGAACUUCCUGCAUCUCUCUCAUGGAGAAAACCUGAAGGUGAAACUCUACCGCCAAUAUUCCAAUGUUAACAUUGUCUACAGGCCCAAAUCAGGCAAUCAGGACCAGGUCAUCCUAGACAAGGGGGUUCUGGUGACGCCGCUGGAACCUCAGUUGGAGGGCAGGCUGACCGUGGAGGGGUCAGAACUCAGCAUAAAGAAGGUCCAAGUGGCAGACUCGGGUGUCUUCAAAGUAACAGACCUGGCUGGGUUUCCUGUGGCUCAUGUCUACAUAGAGGUAGAAGCCUAUAAGCUGCCUCCCCUGACAGUUGCCAUCCUCUCCCUGCUGAGCGUGAUCGCCUUCAUGCUGCUGGUGUGCCUGCUGUCGUGCAUCUACAGAGUGCACAAGAGGAACGAGAAGAACAAGAAGCUGAUCCUCCUUGCUCAGCAGGCCGGCAAGGGAGACGGCGAAGCUUUCAGACAGGUGGUCCAUGACGCUUACAACAAGUACACCGAGGAAUCUCUGAUGGAGUCUGUGAGUGAGAAGCCCACGGAGACCACCGAGGUAACCAUAAAGGGCCUCGAGGUGUCCAAACCAGGCCGCUACCACACUCUCUCCUCAGACAAUUUUCUGGAGAUGAGUGACUCUGGAGUGGAGUUCACCCACUCCGGCCUCCCACUGGACAGUGACACUGAUGCGAUGACCUACGCCUCCCACAAGCCCCUCCUGAAUGCCGUCUUCCCUACAGCCAUGACCGAAGAAGUUCACAUCGACAGCCCAGAGGCCGCCGUGGCCCCCCACGGCGACCUCAGCGCCAGCCGGACCCCUGACUCCGCCAUGAGUGCCAGCCCCGCCUCCAAUCCCCGCUCACUCGCAGUUGCCACCCCCGAUGGCAGCCUGCACGGUGCUGUCUCACCGGGGACGGCCUCCGGGGGCCCAGCUGGGCCAGCUUUAGCCAAAACGGAGGGAGGGGCUGAGAGCGAAGAAGCUGUGCAGAAAGAGGAAUUGGCUCAGAGCACCUGAGAGGAUGCACCAGGGUGUGUGUUUUUUUUUUUUUUUAUCUCAUGCUCCUCAUACAGCAAUGACAUCCACAACAAUCUGGAUCUGUCUAUCAUGUCCAAACAUCAGAGUCCUUGAACACUGCAUUUGAAACAUCAUAGACAAAAUAUUCAUGCUAGGAUUCAGAUGUCAGUUUAGCCUGAAAUCAAAUAAUAAUAAAAAAGGCAAGUUGCACAAAAUGCACAAUACAAAAUGUAAUGCACUUACCACUGAAACAAAAAAUGGAUGCGAAAGGUCAAUCUUUAGCUCUAUCAAAAGAAGAACAAAGCCUUUCUGAGCAUAUGGAAAAUGCAUGCAUUUAAAUUAACCAUUACGGUAGAUAUAGUUCGGAUCUGACGUUAGAGUAGACUGACUGCAUGCAAGCUUCGAUGAGCCGAAGAUGCACCGGCUCAAAGGGAAGUUACGAUGAUGUGAAAAGGGGAAAAAGCUCUCAGCGCUUUCAGGAAAACGCCUAAAUGGGAUGAAAUUUUUUUCACCACCUGUUGAAUGUCAAAAAUAAUUACAGGAGCCCGACAGUUUCGACAGGUGGAGUCAGCAAGCUCCGAGUAAUCAGACAAUAAUUUCUAAGACCAAGGCUACUGAUAACAACAGCUAAGAGCUUCUCCUGCAUGGAGUCGAAUCACAGCGUGUUACCUCUGACAGCACUUUUGUCUGCUUUCACAGCAUCAGACAAACACUGCGAUGAUUGCAUUUCAUCCCACCCACACACAGACUCUAUUAACAAUACGAGUAUGUCAGAAGGCGUCUCCGUCUCUCAGACACAAUUCCAUGUCUCGGCACUCAUUCACUCUGAUAUCCUCAACGUUUUCUCUCUGAAAAACCUGAAAACUGAAACAAGCUCUUUCCUACUCGAGUGGUUAUUUUCCUUUCUCUCACAUAUUUUGUGCCACAUCUCAUUUGAAGGCAUAAUCUAAAGAAACCUGUCCGCCUUGUGUCACUCACGCUAAUGAUCAAUUCCAGAUAAAACACCCACAAGAACGACGGCUAACUCUAGAAACUAUAUUCAUCUGGGUUUUUUUGGUUUUGUUUUUUUAACCCAGUGGGGUUGUCACAAGCCCUAUCAGUGCAAAAUAAAAUUAGGAGAAGACUGUGCAUCACUCCUGGGACUUUUGGAACAGCUCUCGAUAACAUAAUUGGAUUCUUGGUCUCUUUUCAGAAGGACCGUUUCACGGACACCAUAGAGUGAGAAGCGGUGAUAAAAGAGACGCCAGAGAUGGAACCGGCGACUAUUCGGGGAACCGAUAAAUGACUUGCAUGAUUUAAAGUGUCCUAUUUUCAUCUCGGCUCCCGUCCAUCAGACGGGGCUCUGAUUAUUGUAGCCCAGUUGUUUGCCAAAAUGAAGUGACUGGAAAGCAGUCGGAUCAAUCUGAGAUAACAAUGCAUUCUGCAGCCCCAAUGGAAUGAGACUGAAUAACAGUGAUUAUGAAAAGGGUGUGUGGGUGUGUGGGUGUGUGUGUGUGUGUGGAGGGUGGGUUUGAUACGCAGCAGCCAACACUAUUAGACAUUCAAUGCUCUGCAUGGAGACGUGAUUCCUUCCAGCUCAGGAAAAAUAGGAAAUGAGAAAUAGGUGGUCAUUCUGAGUAUUAAAAAAAAUUCUGAAUGAAUGGUUAAUAUCAAUAACGCAAAAAAAAUAAUAAUGGUAAGUCCCUACACUUGCUGCUUGUGCUCUAUGAAUUCAACCCCACCAACUGUGCAACAUACUAUUCAGUCGUGCUACCAUUAACUGUACCAGUAAUAGUGUGUAGUUUGUAUGGUAUAGGAAGGUCACAUGUUUACAACCACUCCAGUUUAAAUGUAUUCAGCUUUUCUGUGAUCAGGUUAGGCCUUUUAUUGAGUCAUGGGCAUUCAAAUCCCAAAAACCUCUAGUUUGUACUAGAUAUUUGUUGCUGUAAAGAGCUCUAAAGCAUGUGUGGGGAUGACAGAGGAUGGUGGUACAGAUGUACCACAGGUAGCUCGUAAAUGUCAUCCUUGGAUAAUAUCUGUAGUCACCGUUUUUGUUCAUCUUUAAUUACACACUUAACAACAAUAAACACAUUUCGUCAAAGAAAGACAAGACGAGUGAUACCACAGAAAAUACAGAUGAGAGAGAGAGUGGAAACAGUGGCAUAAGUUCAAAGCUAUUUAAAGAGAAGCAUGAACAGUGAGUUAAAUUAAUCUCCCGCAGCCAUUACAACUGCUUUUGACUAAUUGGUUCCCUUACCUUGCUGGGGAAGAAGCCUGCGGGCUAAUUCAGGUCACAGGAAACUGAUUUACAUGAAUGACAUUUUACAGAUUGAGAGCGAGACAUCUCACACUGCUGAGGAAAUUUUGUCCAAACCAAACAUGUCCAACAGUCUGUGCUAGUUGCACACUGAAGUGCAGCACUUUUACACCUUUGGGGGAUCAAUCACAUACUUCACCUACUGAAACACACCAAAAACAUAGUUAUCUUCAUCACAACCAACAAGUCCUCCAAACCAUACGACCACAGAGGUUGAUCAUUCUUAUACGACACAUAGAAGCGCCCAUAACUGUGGCAGGAAAUAAGACACACAGGAGCGUUUUCCGUCCUUGUGUCGGUCUCUUUAAAACAUGCGUUAUUACGUUACUACUAUGCGCAAUUACUGUGGCCACUAGAGGGUGACGCCGCCUAACAAUAAAACAUAAACAAGGGUUGUAAUUGCGAUUGUACAAACGACUCAUGGAGUCCAUUUUCAGAGGAGGACAGUCUCAUCAUUACAGGGCUCACUGUCCCUAAAAUCCCAUUCAGAUGUCCCUGAUAUUGUUGCCAUUGACAGCUGUCAGCCUCAACAAGACGUCAGACAGACACAAGAAAAGCACAACAUUUAACAUGUGAUCCUUUUAAAACAAGAAAAAGAUUCACAUUGUAUUUAAAAAAGGGUAAAAAAAAAUAAGUAGCAGCAAUUUUAAAUGCAAUAUAUUGAUCUGCUCAAAAUGACUAGUUCCAUAGGACAAUGCAGUUUGGUUGGAGUCUUUAUUGACUACAUAAGUAAAAUGUUAUGUUAUAUAUAAUGUUAUAUAUAUAUAUACAUAUAUAUAUAUAUAUAUAUAUAUAUAUAUAUAUAUAUAACGUAUAUAUGAGUGUGCAAGAAAGAUGUGUGUAAAAUGACUUGCAUACUCUACUCACUCAUUGUGUGGCUGUUUUGCUUGUGCAGGGACUUCACUUGAUCAGGUAUAUUUAUAUACCAAGAGGCAACAGUAAGGCUCCCAAAACUGACUUUGUGUAUGAUGUAAAUACAGGUUGAUUCAAAUGAGCUCUGAUAAGAAGGUUAGGUGGAUUAAUGACACAUUGAUAGUCAAAGGAUUGACUGAUUGUCAAUGAAAUCUAAGCAAUAUUCAUUAUAAUGGCACUGAGAUAUCACUAAUAUCCACCAGAAGGAAAGGGGAAUCAGUCACUCCUAGGUGUAUUUUCCACUGUUGUAAAUAUAAAGUUAUGGGAUCUGCAUGUGUAAAAAAAAAAUUGUGUGAACAUACUAUGUUUCUUAUUGCAAGGCUUAUGCAAGAUUUUAUACUCAAAACGCUGCUUUGAUCCUUUAACCACAAGUACACAGCAGAUAGAAAACAAACACAUAGUGCUGGAGACGCCUUCAGCUGGGAAGACACUUCCUGUCUAACUCAGUUUGUCAUGUUUACGCAUUUGGGUCACAGUGAGGCUGUGUGAAAUCCUUUCAUCAACACCUGCUUCAGCAGUGUUGGAGUAUCCGUAGUCACCUCAGGGGUGCACUGUUUGACACCGUAACAGUGCUGUUGCUUUUAAAACCAGGUUGUUGGAUAGCAGGACAAAGACAGACAAAAGUACAGAAAACCAACAUUUAAAAAGAUUUAGAUUUAGAUCCACAUUUCACUGGCUUACACCCAUUGAGAUGCAUGGAGCAACCAAGAAAGUUAAGAAAUGCAGGCCUCUGUAAUGCCAGAUAUCACACAUAAGUCAAAUAAUAUUUACAAAAAGGCUUAAAGUGUUGGCUUUAAUCUGCCCAGAAAAAGAUGACAACAGAGCAACUUUGCUAAAUGAAUUCAUGAUUUCAGUGGAAUGUGAAGUUUUUACAUUUAAAUACACUGAUACUGUAUUUUAGAAGCCAGCAAUGCCGCCUGUCUCAGAGCUUUUGUGAAUAUAUCAAGCUGUUUUUUUAAAGAUUAUUUUUUUGGGCUUUUCUGCCUUUAAUGGACAGGACAGCUAGGUGAGAAAGGGGAGACAUCCCCACAGGUGGGACUACAAUCUCGGACCUCUGCAUUGAGGCUUCAUAAACCUCUGUAAAUGUGCACCAGUUCUAUCAACUGAGCCAACCCAGCCACUAUAUCGAGCUGUUUUGAGUGAAGACGUAAUACAUAACACGUUUCAUUCUUGGUAUACAUUGCAAAGCUUCUGUUAGCGGACACUUGAUCAUUGUGCAGGGUGAAGGGGCUCGAGCCUCCAUUGGAUUUUGGCAUGUGCUUAUUGGAAUAAUAACAGCUGAUGAAGGCUUUAUGAAAGGAUUUCACUUUCCGUCAUUCAACCUUGUCCGUGUUUUUUUCGGUUUCAUUACACAUCAGAGCCGCUAUUCACAAAGCCUGUCAGAACAGAAGUGCUGAUCCGUGUGUGUGUAGGGCGAGAUUUAAUAAAACGUCCUUUCAAUUCUGGUGGAUUCAAUCUUCUGUUAAUCUACUAUUCUCUCUAAUUCCAAAGAAUGUAAUGAAAAACCAUGAAAUGAUGUCUGCGGUGUCUCAGUUUGCUGAUAGACCGACCUCUGAUCAUAAUAGAAAUUUGCUUUACCGCAAAAAUAUCAGAAGUACUGUCAACUGCAAUUUCUGACACUGAGAACAAUUAAUUUGAAUUCACUCCAGUGCAGCUCAGUGGCUCCCACUGGGAUUGAAUUUAGUCUUAUCUUUGAUUCGUGACAGAUAAUUGGAGAAAAUAACUGAAAAACCACUGAUGGUUGGCACUCUUAAGCUGAAAUACAGUAGGAAACACACACAUGGACAAACUGAUCCCAGUUCAGCUGCACUCCUCCUCUGGGCUACAUGGAGAAUUAAUCAGAAAUGCAUUGCACGCUGUCUGCUUGACAAUUAUUUUGUAGUCACACGCCUGUUGCCAUUGUGAUACUCCCAACACGUUCUUUUGUACAAGAAAAUAAGUCCAAAAAAGAAUUUUCAUGUAGUCAGUGUGUUUACUUUGGGACAAACGUAGCUCAUCCUUAACUAGUGCGUUUACUGGAGAG